AUGAGCGCCGAGUCGGCCGCCCGAGCUAUCACUGCCGGUUUAUCGCACCAACACCCAGGAGAUGUGAGGCGCCGUAAUGAACUUUGGCAGCUUCUUGCCUUAACUCUCCUACACUUCGAUGACGACUGCGACAUGAUAGUUGAUCUCCUCGUCGCGAUUCAAUCUCUGCCAUCAAGGAAUAGUAGGCCCUGGUGGGUGACGGAUCCACAGCCCAGCAACUCCUUGUGUGAGCUGCCUGCAUUUCACAAUAUGUGGCAAUCCUGCUACGAAUCGCUUAGGUGUGAUUGUUACGAGCGUAGCGGUGAAGGUUUCUCAGCAGAUAAGAAAUACUACAGAAGAGCAGGGAUGGUGGAAGCAAAGAUGUAUCUCCGCGGGAUUCCAGGAAUAACGGAGUUUUGGGCGUACAACACGAUCAACCUUGUUUGUGUACAGAACGAAGACCUCGAGUUCGUUAUCCAUGAGAUUUACGGUUGGUUGCAGACUGCAGGAUCCAAACUGGCGGAAACACUAGAUUCGAAUCAGAUCAAGUAUUUCGAGAGAGGAGUGAGAGGUCGGCGUGAUAAGAGAUACGAUAUCUCGGCCACCAUGUUCGAGCAUUGGCAGCAUUGGAAGAAGUCGUUUUUGGAGGUCAGUUUUGAUGAGAACUUUUUAUCUUCUGAGGGAAGGGGGUUGGCAAGAGAGUGCCACGAUAUCAUGAAGGCACAAAACAUCAAGUUGCCAUUGUUUGUAUAG